AACCAAUCAGAACCCGAGGAUAUUAAAUUUGUUGGUCCCGACAAUUAAAGAAAAAGUUGUGGGUCAAACUGGUCCUAAAUAAUAGUCAAACUUCUCAUUUUUUCUAAGAAACUGAUUUGAUAAAAAAAAAUAUCUUCGUUGAAGUGAGGGUGACGAGAAGUUUCUGCUUUCAUCAAUUAAAGGUUUACGCGUGAAGCAGAUCAUCAGCAAUGGCGGCGUCGCAAGAUAAGUUGGAUAAGAUGAAACUUAGGCAAGAUUACCGGAAUUUAUGGCACUCCGAUCUCAUGGGCACCGUCACCGCCGACACUCCCUAUUGCUGCAUCUCGUGUCUGUGUGGACCUUGUGUGUCAUACAUGCUUCGGAGAAGAGCACUUUACAAUGACAUGUCAAGGUAUACUUGCUGUGCUGGAUAUAUGCCCUGUAGUGGAAGGUGUGGAGAAAGCAAAUGUCCUCAACUUUGCCUUGCCACUGAGGUCUUCCUUUGCUUCGGAAACUCUGUGGCCUCUACCCGCUUUCUUCUGCAGGAUGAAUUCAACAUCCAGACAACACAAUGCGACAAUUGCAUAAUUGGAUUUAUGUUCUGCCUCAGCCAAGUUGCUUGCAUAUUCUCUAUAGUUGCUUGCAUUGUUGGUAGUGAUGAACUUUCCGAGGCUUCUCAGAUACUCUCUUGCUGUGCUGAUAUGGUCUACUGCACGUCUGUAUUUACUUCUUGUGAUUUUUAGAUUCUCCCUCUAAUCUAUUCAUGUUCACGAAUUGCUAAUAUUUUGCGGUCUUGAUUUUCUUGCAGGGUCUGCGCAUGUAUGCAGGUACUAGAAAGCGAGAAUUAGAAACUUAUCUGAGCUUCUGAAACUAUCUUCUCUUAUGGUAUAUAUAUAUAACCCAAAAUCCAAUUUUCUGCUUGCAGACACAACACAAACUUGAGAUGGACAAAAGAGAUGGAGUGUUUGGAUCGCAGCCAAUGGGUGUGCCACCAGCUCAGCAGAUGUCUCGUUUUGAUCAACCUGUCCCUCCUCCAGUCGGAUACCCUCAGUCCUAUCCACCGCCUGCUCAAGGCUACCCUCCUGCAUCUUACCCGCCUCCCGGUUAUCCUCAGCAUUAAGAAAUUUAACCAGUAUCUUCAUUUUAUGUGUCAAAGUGUUGUUGUUACUUGGUUUAGGUGUGCAGAACUAUUAUAUUGUUCAGCUUUGUCCUCUGCUUAUUUCUGCGAUUUAUUUAUUUUGAGGUAUUGGUACUCUGGUUAUGUCUGAAAAGCUUUUGCUAUCAUCAACUGGUUUGUUGACUUUGGUAUUUAAGUAAAGAAAAAGAACAACAUAUGUAUUAGUUACCUAACUUGUUAACUCAAUUUAUAAACUUAGCAAGUUUAGCAAAACAAAAC